CAAAAAAUCGCGCUACAUCAAAACUUUGUUGCACGCGUGCGCGGCAUGUUGGCAUACUUAUAGCUGCAACUGUUUUUCUUUGUUAAACAGUGGCUCUAAAUAACGUUCGUCUCUAUAUCUAUUCGUAUGUGUAAAUAUCUAUGAGUGUGUGUGCGUUUGUAUGUGUGUGUGUGUAACGCGCGUGUUCGUGUGUGCAUAAAAGCACUUACAUUGUGAUAUGGAGCAGCAGCAGCACGCGACUUUGCAACAUUUCUUAGCUUAGCUACAUGUUGCUACAACAUACGAUCAAAAGUUUGUUGCCCGCUCGCUCGCACAGUCUCCGGCAAAACGAGGGAGAUUGACAAAACACUUUGUGCCGAGCGUCGUACAUUGAACUACUGUUAUUGUGUUGUGCCGGUGUUGUAGGUAUUGGUGUUGGUAUUGGUGUUGUGUAAUCCGAGCAAGAUGACCACCAUGCCCGUGGUCUGGUGCACCGAUCCCAAUUCGGUGAACAACAAGCCAACGGCCUUUGCUCUGCAUGGCAUACAGCUGCAGGGCAAUGUGACCGAGAAGCAGGUGAAUGCAUUGCGCGAGCUGGUGAAUGCUGCGGCCGAGGGACGCCUCAUACUGCCCUCGGACGGUACGUUUAUGCUGUUGGACAGCGGCCUAAGCAUCGAGAGCUCCAUAUUGGCCGGAAGCAAGCAGACGGCGAAUGAGAGCAGCCAGGUGGAUGCGCCCAAGAAUGCCAAGAAUACGUAUAUAUUGAUGCCGGUGAGCAAUAAGAGUGCAACAGCAGAAGGAGUUGCCACUGCAGCAGCAGCAGCAGGAGGAGGAGGAGGAGGAGGCGGCGGAGGUGGAACAGCAACAACAGUUGCUGGCAAUGCACAAUGCACGCCGGCAGCAAUUGCAGCGGCAGCAGCCCAAUUGGAAUUCCUGCUGGAGCCAAAAUAUUCGACAUUAUCGUCGCCGCCACCCAGCACGACGCCCAGUUCACAGACGGCGGACAAUGAGACAUCCGAUGAGAUAUUGUACGAGUUUCUCUGCUGUGCCAAGUGCAUGAACGAGCAGCGUACGAUCGGGCAUAACGGCACUUGUGGCAAUCGGCGUUUGCAGCGAUUCCUUAGGCAUUGCAACAACAGCAGCAUCAGCAACAGCAACAGCGGCAGCAGCAUCAGCAAUGAGCAACAGCAGUUCAAUGAACCUCUGAUUGAUCUAGAUCCUGUGUGCAGCAUUGCCAGCAAAUAUGCAAGACGGCAACAGCAGCUGCGUCACAAACAGCUGUCGACCAUCUCGAUGGGCAUUGCACGUAAUCAUCGGUCCAAUGGUCGUCAUCAUGGCAAAUUACCCAUGCACAGUGUGAAAAUCUUUCAUAAUCGCAGCAGUUACACUACGCUCAGCGGCGCGUGCACCAUGAGCGUGGGCGUGGCGGCAACGACGACGUCGGCGGCUACAACGACGACGGCAAUUCCCAGUGACAGUCGGCUAACGACAGCAACAGCAACAGCCACAGCCACAGCCACAGCAAUAGCAAUGCCAGCCAGAGUUGAAUCGGGCAGUUUAACGGUGACAGCGGCGCUGUCAACAACACAACUGCCCAGCGUAACGCCGCUCUAUGCGAUUGUGAGCAAAAAGCGUGACGCGAACUAUGAAAAGAACAACAGCAACAACAGCAGCAACAACAGCAACAACACUAAUAAUUUCAACAACAUUAUGUUAGCUGCCGUGCCAGAGGAGCCCAGCGUUAGCGCUACGGUUAAAGAUCUAAUCAGUUUUGAGGAUGACGAUGUUGUUGUUGAACAACAAACAAAUGACAGUUUAGCCAAUAGAGCAACAACAACAACACCACCAACAACAACAGCAGCAACAACUACUAAUGCUAACAGCAACUGUGAUAAUCAAGUGGAUUUACUGUGCGGACCCAACGAUGUUGCCGAGGAUGGCAAUCUGUUGUCGCUUUCGCUGCUCGUUACGCCGCCACCAACACCGCCCAAGCCAAGUUCGCCCGGCUCAAAUAAUUCGAGUCGCAAGACCAGCUUUGAUUCUACCUGCACGAUUAGCUCACUGGACUCGGGCUUUAUGGAAAUGCAAAACAAAUUGGAUGCACUGGCAGCAGCAGCAGCAGCAACAGCAACGCCAGCAACAGCAUCGGGCGAGAAGAUAGCCAGACGCAACUAUAAGGAAUGCCUGACGCAGUCGCGCAAUCGUCGCAAAUCCUAUGAAGAGUUUAAGGCCAUGUUUGCUGAGGCGGCACAGCCGGAAGCGUUGGCGCGACUCACGCGACGACGCAGCGGCGCAAUGCAGGAGCAACUGCAGCAGCAGCAGCAGCAACAAGUGGGUGCUGAGGCGGCUGAGCUGCUCGUGGCGACAGAUGACGCAACGUCAGCAGCAGCAGGAACAACAACAACAGCGGCAACAACAACAACAACUACUACCACUACAAACAGCAGCAACACUGUGAUGACAAUGCUCGCCUCAAUAUCAGAACAAGAAACCACAAGCAGCAGCAACAACAGCAAAAACAACAACAACAGCAAACCGGAUUCUGAAAACGAGUUUGCGGAUGAAAUGGAUACCGGCGACGAUCUAACAACAACAACAACUACAACAGUUGCUACCGCUGCCGCCACCACAGAAGCAAUGCGCAAGAAUUCAGAUUUUCUAUCGCAAAUACUUGAUCAGCAAUUGGCGGCCAAGGAGGAGCAGCGUGCCAAAGCGCACAAGCGACGCACAUCGUACGAGGAGUUCAAGCGGCUUGUGCGYGAAAUCGAUGCCAGCAGCAGCAGCGACAUGGAGCAGCAAACGCUGGAAUGUCAGCAGCAGCUGGACACACCCACAACAACAGCAAAGGCAACAACAAUAACAACAGCAGCAGCAACAUCGUCGUUUAAGCGACAGAAUUCGCGUCAGCGUAAAAGUUUUGCCUCCUACUUUUUGCCGCGACGCCACUCGGCAACCAAAGAGCCAAAGACUGAGCAAAUUGAGCUGGUGGAGCCAGAGCAGCAGCAACAGCUGCCACAGCAGCAGCAGCAACAGUUGCAGGCAUAUGCCAAAAUGGCCAGCAGGAAUAAUAGCUGCAGCUCCAGCGUCAGCUCCACUGCCACCUAUAAGCGUAAUUUUAAAAUCUAUGAUAAGCUAGUGUACGGCACCAUCUACGAUAUAAUACAGCGUAAGAACGAUAUCUAUCAGUUGACCUAUCAGAAGUACGAUAAGUAUAUGACCUACGGCACCAUCUAUGAGAUAUUGCACCGCAAGGCGACGCCGAUGCAGGGCAGCAGCUCGCUGACAACGGGCAGCGGCGACAAGUGGCAGCGCAAAAGUUUGAGCGCAAUACUAGAAGGCAACGCGACGGCGGCAACAGCAACAACAACAAGCCCAACAGCAGCAGCAGCUGCCGCGGCUGCCGCGGCUGCAACAACUGCGACAGCAAUGGAAAUGCAUAAAUCAAAUGAUGUGAUUUAUGAUAUAAUACAAAAGCAGCAGCAAAAGCGCGAAAAGGAACGCCAGCAGCAGCAGCAGCAGCAGCAACAAUUGUUGCAACAGGAUGCAGCAGCAGCAACAGCAGCAGCCACUGAAACAACAACGGACAACAGCACAAAUUUGGGCACGCAUGUCACGCACAAAUAUGGCACAAUUUAUGACAUCCUACAAGGAGAGAAAUUGGAAACCAGCGAGGAGGCAAGCAACAGCCACAGCAGCAGCAACAGCGGCAACACAAAACCAGUUGUUGCUGCCACAUCGCGUUUUGUGGUCAGCCAUGUGGAUGAACAACAGCAGCGGCAGCAGCAGCAGCAGCAGCAGCAAGACAACAACAACAGCAACAGCAGAAAUGUGAUUGCCGACACGAAAUGCAGUAAAAUGCGACGCUUGUCCAAUAUUCUAAGCUACAACAAAUCAGGCAACAACAAUGCUGCGCCACAGGAGGCCGACAGCAACAGUGAACAGCAGCAGCAGCAGCAGCAACAACAACAGCAACUGUUGGUGCCGGCUAAACGCAGUCAGGCCAAACGUCGCGUUGGUGUUAGCAAUUUGUUGCUGCCGCUCGACUCGGAGGAGCUCUAUACGCGCAUCAUAGCACAGCAGCGACGCAAUGCUGGCAACAAUUGCAACGACAACUGCAACAACAACAACAACAGCUCUGGCAGCGAUGCCGAUUGUCACAUGUCGCUUAUCAAAUCGAAUUCUCUGGAUGCCAUUUCUAUGUCUGUGGCCAUAUCGCCGCCGGCCACGCCCUCGCCACCGCGCCCACGCCGCAGUCUCAAGCAGCACAAAUGCCUGCAGCAGCAGCAACAGCAACAGCAACAGCAACUGUUGCUGCUGCCGCCGCUUAUGAAGAAGCAUUCGCUAGAUAAUUGCCCAACAGCGCCAAAGAUGUUGCAGCCGCAGACGCGUCGCUGGUCGAAUCAAACGCUGCUCAAAUGCACCUGCCACACGCUCGAAGAGCCACGGCAUUGCCAUAGUAAUAACAAUAGCCAUUGCACUUGCCCAACGCCCCCGCCGCCGCCGCCUCUGCCACUGCCUGUGCCUCUGUCGCCGAGCGCCUUCAAUGCAUUGUCUGCCAUUGAGAAGUGCCGCUCGCUGCCCGCUGCCUGUUCGCAUACGUGUGUUAAUUUAAUGGCCGCCGCUGCCGGCUGCGCCGAUGCGGCGGCCAAGUCUAACAGCAAAUCAACGGCAGCAGCAGCAGCAGCGGCAGCGGCAACAACACAAACUACGACAACAACAACAGCUACAACACAACUAACAGCGUUGACAAUCAAGAAAGGCAAAUCGCGUCGACUUUCGGAAUUUACGCGUGGUGAAUUUUUAAAUGAAAAAUCUUGGUACUUCCGCAAAAUCAAACGCAUUGAGGCUGAGAAAAAAUUGCUACUGCCAGAGAACGAGCACGGCGCGUUUUUAAUACGCGAUUCCGAAAGCCGUCACAAUGACUAUUCGCUAUCAGUGCGCGAUGGCGAUACGGUUAAGCAUUACCGCAUCAGACAAUUGGAUGAGGGCGGCUUCUUCAUUGCCAGACGCACAACAUUCAGAACCCUACAAGAGCUUGUCGAGCACUAUUCCAAGGAUUCGGAUGGCCUGUGCGUCAACCUCUGCAAGCCCUGUGUACAGAUUGAGAAACCUGUCACCGAGGGUCUAUCGCAUCGAACUCGCGAUCAGUGGGAAAUCGAUAGAACUUCGUUGAAAUUCGUACGCAAAUUGGGCUCCGGCCAGUUUGGCGAUGUCUGGGAGGGUCUGUGGAACAAUACCACGCCCGUGGCCAUCAAAACUCUUAAGUCGGGCACUAUGGAUCCCAAGGACUUUUUGGCUGAGGCACAAAUAAUGAAGAAGCUGCGCCACACCAAGCUCAUUCAGCUAUAUGCAGUCUGCACCGUCGAGGAGCCCAUCUACAUUAUAACCGAGCUGAUGAAGCACGGCUCCCUGUUGGAGUAUCUGCAAGCAAUUGCAGGCAAAUGUCGUAGUAUCAAAAUGCAAACGCUCAUCGAUAUGGCUGCCCAAAUAGCCGCUGGCAUGGCAUAUUUGGAAUCACAAAACUAUAUACACAGAGAUUUGGCAGCGCGUAAUGUGCUCGUCGGCGAUGGCAACAUCGUAAAGAUAGCCGAUUUUGGUCUGGCACGACUCAUCAAGGAGGAUGAAUACGAGGCGCGCGUCGGUGCUCGCUUCCCCAUCAAAUGGACAGCACCAGAGGCGGCCAAUUACAGUAAAUUCUCCAUUAAGUCGGAUGUGUGGAGCUUUGGCAUUUUACUCACCGAGCUGGUUACCUACGGACGUAUACCCUAUCCAGGUAUGACCAACGCUGAAGUAUUAACCCAGGUUGAGCAUGGCUAUCGCAUGCCCAUGCCACCGAAUUGUGAGCAGCGUCUGUAUGAGAUAAUGUUGGAGUGCUGGCACAAGGACCCGAUGCGUAGACCCACAUUCGAAACGCUGCAGUGGAAGCUCGAGGAUUUCUAUACAUCCGAUCAGAGUGAUUAUAAGGAGGCGCAGGCUUACUGAUAAAUGCUUUAUGCGCCCGCUGGCAAACGCGGCAGCUGCAACAGGGUAGCGCCCGGACCAGCAGCAGUCAGCCAAGCGGACCAGAGCAACAGUAGCAGCAGCAACAUCAACAGCAACAAUAAGACCGAAGCAUAAAGCUAACCAACACGGACAAUUCUUAUUUAGUUACUUAUUUCAACUUUUGCACAGAUUUUCUAGAGCAUUAAAAAAGAAAUGAAAAGAAAAU